AUGGUGUUCCCUUUCUCUCUGGAGGAUGAUGCCAAGGAUUGGUUGGACAGUAUGGAGCCCAACUCCAUUCGCACGUGGGAGGCCAUGGUGGAAAAAUGUUUAGAAAAAUACUAUCCACCGAGUGAGGCUUUGAAGAGACAGUUAGAAAUCAUUUCGUUUGAGAUGGUUCCCCAAGAGAGUAUCCGAGGAGCGUGGGAAAGAUUCAAGGGACUGAUGAAGAGGUGUCCCCACCAUGGGCUGAAUCCGACGCAUCAAGUCCUAAUAUUCUAUAGGGGGUGUCUGCCUGAAGCAAAGCGCGAACUGAAUUUGAGCGCAGGGGGGUCAUUGCUAAAGAAGGGAGAAGCAGAGGCCAUAGAGGUGAUUGAGAGAGUGACCUCUAAUGAUGAAGGCUGGAACAACGAGAGGAGCAGAGUACACAGGGUAGCAUUUGCCGCAGAGAGCAGCCAUAUGGACAGUAUGUAUAAACAAAUUGAGCUCAUCCACAAGAAGUUAGAUCUCAUGGGGAUGGGACCGGCUGUGCAGGAGCGACAAGAGGGUGUAGAGGAUGUUAACUAUAUACACCAAGGGGGCAAUAGCUACUAUAACAACUCCCGCCCCAAUCAAGGGGGUGGAGGUUACAACCAAUUUGGGAACAAGGCGCAUCCUAAUCUAUCGUAUGGGAAGCCCAACAAUUCCCUGCAGCCACCACCGGGGUUCACAGUUUCUCAAGGGAUGAUCACUGAGCCGCAAAAGAAAAGUUCAAAGGACAUACUGAAUGCAUUCAUGAUACAGUCACACAAGAACAUGGAGCAUACCAAUCAAAGGCUAGAGAAGGUUGAGAAUGAUGUCCACGGCAUGACAGUACAUAUGAAGGGCAUAGAGACGCAGAUGAGUCAGAUUGCUCAAGCUGUGAGCAGUCAGCAUAAGCCAGGGCAGUUCCCAGGACAGCCAAAUGUGAACCCCAAGGAUUGCAAGGCAAUCUACUUAAGGAGUGGGACAAGCUAUGAGAGUCCUCCUAUGCCCGAAGUGGAAGCUAAGGAAGUACCCGAAGAGAAAAAAGAAGAGGAGAUUGAGGUGGAAUCACCUCUUAUACAAUCUGAGGUUCAACCCGAGGCAAUUGCUACUCCCACGCCAAAAGAGGUUAAAAUUCAUUUUCCUCAAGUGGUGCAAAAGAAGAAGUUGGACGAGAAGCUUGUUAAGUUCCUUGAGAUCUUCAAGAGAGUGCACCUCAAUAUUCCUCUUAUUGAGGCUCUUCAACAAAUGCCCGGCUACCUCAAGUUUUUGAAAGAGAUUAUAUCCAAGAAGAAGAGGAUGGUUGAUUAUGAAACCGUGAAUUUGACCGAGAAUUGUAGUGCAAUCAUCCAACAAAAGAUGCCGGCAAAGAUGAAAGAUCCGGGGAGCUUCAACAUUUCUUGUGUGAUCGGGAAUGAUAGGCAAACUAAGGCCUUGUGUGACUUAGGGGCAAGUAUAAAUCUCAUGCCUUUAAGCUUCUUCCGGAAGUUGAAGUUUGGUGUCUUGAAGCUAACUACCUUUACCCUCCAAAUGGCGGAUAAAUCCGUCAAAUUCCCGAAUGGACUCCUUGAGAAUGUAUUGGUAAGGGUGAUUGAUUUUAUCUUCCCCGUGGACUUUGUUGUUUUGGACAUGAAGGAGGAUCCAAAUGUCCCUCUCAUCCUUGGAAGACCAUUCCUAGCAACCGGGAAAGCUCUAAUUGACGUCACUAAGGGAGAACUCACCCUUAGGCAUGGAAACAAGACGGCCAUUCUCUCUUUGUUGGACAAGAUGAAGCGCCAUGAAGUAGAAUCGUCCAAGAGAGUGGAAGAGGUGCCCUUGAAAGUUGAAGAUUGUAAGAUGAUACAAGUGGCACAUGUGAAGGCUAAGGAUGAUGGGGUUGAGAAACCUUUGGAGGAGAUAUUUAUGCCCGAAUGGCUGUUUGAAGACGAACAUAGAUUGGGGGGUAAAAAGAAGAAGGUGGCCAAAUUGGAAAGUGGAAGAUCUAACGGAGGUGUUGUUGGGGAAGAUGUGAAGGCCACUUGGUGGAAGAAGCGGCUUUACAAGCUCUAUUUGGCCGCUAAAGCAAAGACGGGCCCCGAUGACAUUAUCCGAGUGAGGUUGGACCAUAGAGUUAAGCUUGAAGACCGUCGGGCAAACGAUGUUAAACAAUUGCGCUAUGAGGGAGGCAACCCCUAG